AUGCCCUCCCGCAAGCUGCUCGUUACCGUGCAGGUAGCGGCCGUAGCCGUGAUUGCGCUUUAUUUUCUGUUGACUCGACUGGGCGCAUCGCCGAUUGCCCGAACGUAUGAACCGAAGCUGACAGUGGCGAUUCCAGGCGUCGUUCUACCCAGCGCAACAAUAACCCAAUACCUCAACACCAUCCUCAACGCAACCGACACCACCCUCCCGAAAUUCGCCUGCCCACCCCCCAACUUCUCCCGCUACGAACACCUCCGCAGCGACCCUCCCCCCGUCCCCCCCCAAAUCCGCUACUUCUUCGCCCUCAACCUCCGCAACAACCUCCCGAUCCUCCCGCAACUCCUCAGCAGCAUCCUCUCCGCGGCCCUCUUCCUCGGCCCCCAACAAUGCGCCCUCUCCAUCGUCGAAGGCAACUCCCCCGACGGCACAGCCGACAUCCUCUCCGCCCUUCAACCCCUCCUCGUCAACACCCUCCAUCUCCGCACCUUCCUAGCCGUCGAUAACGGCAUCGACCCGCUAUCCGAAGGCGUCGACCGGUUUGCUGCGCUCGCCAACCUGCGUAACCUCGCCUUGGCUCCGCUGACGACCGGUGACCCGUCCCAUUACACCCCCGACGCGACGGUUAUCUUCCUUAAUGACGUCGCCGCGUGCCCGGAUGAUAUCCUCGAGCUACUACACCAGCGCCGACGGCAGGAUGCCCACAUGGCGUGCGCGCUAGACUGGACGAGCUCCGACCCCUCGUUUUUCUACGACGUGUAUGUCGCGCGCACAUUGCAGGGUGACCUAUUCUUCCCCAUCACGCCAGAGACGGCCGGGUGGGAACACUCGGGGGAACUGAUGUGGAGCGAUCCCGUGGCGAAGGGGAGGAUGGAGCGGCAUGAGCCAUUUCAGGUGUUUUCGUGCUGGAACGGGGCGGUGGUGUUUACUGCGCAGCCGUUGGUGGAGGGGAGGGUCAAGUUUCGCGGGGCCAGGAAGGAAAAGGGGGAGUGUAGGCAGGGAGAGGUGCAGGCGUUUUGUAAGGAUUUGUGGUGGAAUGGGUUUGGGAGGAUUAUGGUGGUGCCGACGGUGAAUUUGGAGUAUUCGGUUGAGAUGGGGAGGAAGGUUAAAGAGGAGAGGGGGUAUGUGACGGAUUUGGUCAAGGGGGAGAAGAAGGAGAGUAACGGUGAGGGUAAGAUGGAGUGGAUGGGGCCGCCGGAGAAGGUCUUGUGCAUGCCGAGGUUUGAGGAGCAGAGCUGGCGGCCGUGGAACGAGACAUUACCUUAG